UCUUUAAUAUAAUAUAUUUCAUCAAUUUUCAUUCGGACUGUUAGAAAAUAUGGAUAUUCCCUAUUCACGUGCUGGGUUAUAAAUGAUUUCGAUGUGAAUUAGCCAAGUAGCGCGACCAGCCCAUUGGUUAGUUAGCAGAAACCACCCCCCUCCCGCACUGCUGGCGGCAGUCACUGUGGCAUCGAUUUUUAUUUGAAGCGAAUGCAGCGGAAUUUGACGAGACUUUUCCACUCGAAACCCAAGUGAAUCCAGUCGCAGCGGAGUCAGAAGACGGGCCGGACGGAGAUGAAAGAGACCGGACACAUCACACUCACGCUCUCCUCGGGGGCGGUAGCCAGCACUGAUGAGCGGUCACGGAAGAGUCUGCGGCGGGCUUGGAAUCAGCUGCCGCGUUGUCAACGCAAUCUCAUUAUACUCGGCGUAACGGCCUUCUGCGUGACGGUCUUGCUCUGUUUAACCGGCGAUCAACUGAUUGCGGCGAGCAUCAAGGAUGUCGAGGAGAAGGCUAUCGCCUCCCCCUACCACCUGCGACGCGAGCUCCCACAGCAAAACCCCCACCACCAUCCCGACAAGGAUAAGGAUCUGACCGCUGCCGCUGCUGCCACACCGCUAGCCGCAUUAGAUAGGCGCCUGCCCAAUCCAGAGCCCGCUGAUGAUAAGGUUGACGGAAAUUUGGCCUAUGAAGAUACGAACUCAGCUGAAAAUGUGGUUCGAGUGCCAGAUACCGCAGGAGUCGCACUGCCUGCGCUGCUGGACAAGAGGACGGACAACGAGGGCAGCAUCGACAUACUGAACAAUGUUGAGGAGCCCAUCGAGCGUCUGCCCAUUGAGCAGUUGGACGAACGCGAACAGCUUAACGAAGCCAUACGGAGUCCCUUGCACUUGGGCGGCAUCAGCAUUAAGCGGCACCUGAAGAAGAUUCAGCCGAUGUUGGCCAAGGGGCAGCACUUCCAUGGCGCCACAAACGAGCGACAAUCGGCGGUGGUGGCUGCCUUCAAGCACUCCUGGGCCGGCUACCAGAAGUACGCCUGGGGUCACGACAACCUAAAGCCCGUCUCGCAGUUCUCCCACGAAUGGUUCGGCCUGGGCCUGACCAUUGUCGAUGCUCUGGACACCAUGUACAUAAUGGGGCUCGAUGAGGAGUUCAAGGAGGCACGUGAUUGGGUGGAUCUUUCCCUGCGCUUUGCCACUAAGCGCGAUGUGAAUCUCUUUGAAGUGACAAUACGUGUCCUGGGCGGCCUGCUGUCUGCUUACCAUUUGAGUGGCGAUACAAUGUUCCUCACCAAGUCGGCGGAAUUGGGCAAUCGCCUGUUGCCGGCCUUCCUCUCGCCCUCGGGCAUUCCGUAUUCGGAUGUGAAUCUCGGCGAUCUGUCCGCCCACUCGCCGAAAUGGUCACCGGACAGCUCCACCAGCGAGGUAACCACAAUCCAAUUGGAGUUCCGUGACUUGAGUAGGUCCACUAAUAUUUCCAUUUAUGAAAACGUCGUAAAUAAGGUAAAUGAGAAGGUCCACGAGCUGGACAAGACCGAUGGACUGGUGCCCAUAUUCAUCAAUGCCAACACAGGCACCUUCCGCAACUAUGCCACCAUUUCGCUGGGUGCCCGUGGCGACUCCUACUACGAGUAUCUGCUUAAGCAGUGGAUUCAGACGGGCCGAAAUGAUAACGACAAUCUCAUUCUGGAUUAUAUGCAGGCCAUUGAUGGAGUGCUGACCAAGCUGAUGCGCCGCACUCCGCGUGAGCACUGGGUUUACAUUGGCGAGCUGAUCAAUGGUAAGGACUUUAAGCCCAAAAUGGACCAUCUGACGUGCUAUCUGCCGGGCACCUUGAUACUGGGGCACCAGAACGGCAUGCCCGACUCUCACCUGAUACUCGCCAGAGAUUUGCUGGACACCUGCUAUCAGACGUAUAUGCAGCACCCCACCCAUUUGGCGGCCGAGAUCUCGUACUUUGCACUGACGGACAAGGAGGAGAACGACAUUUAUGUGAAGCCAAACGAUGCGCACAAUCUGCUGAGGCCCGAGUUUAUCGAGAGUCUGUACUAUUUCUAUGCGAUCACCGGCAAUCGCACAUAUCAGGACAUGGGCUGGACCAUCUUCCAGGCGUUCGAGACGCACGCCAAAGUGAAUGCGGGCUACACGUCGCUGGGGAAUGUUAGGAAUACGCAGAAUACGCGCAUGCGCGAUUUGAUGGAGAGCUUCUGGCUGAGCGAGACAUUGAAGUACUUCUAUCUGCUGUUCAGCGACAACCGCAAGGAGAUUGAUCUGGACCAAUGGGUCUUCAACUCGGAGGGUCAUCCACUGCCAGUCUAUCCGCCUAAGACAUAAGUAUCAUCUAAGCACAAAACUACUAGAAGUUUGCUAAUCAGAAGCAACUGUGCAGCAUGUGAGCCGAUGGCAGCUUUAAGGCUGCAACAAUCGUAUCGUUUUUACUCGUACUUUAGCGCAAAUGCCAAAUACUAUGCUAAGCUAUGCAAUGCAAUGGGUGGACAGCCAGCCGCCUGACUAGCCUGGCCUGGCUGAAGGGUGUAUGUAGAAAAAAUCGAAUACAAGUUUAUACUAACACCAAUAUCAGAGCAGUGAGCGAGCAGUCGGCAAUCUACAGUCGAUUCUGUAUCAUAUUAUUUGUACUGAUACCUGUUAUUUCGUAAUAAUUUAUUUCUCUCGUAUAAGCACCUACCACCCGACUACUCUAAUUAGAUAUGACUCCCUACCCGGGCAGUCCUCUCAUUAGUUGUAGCACCACCAAUCAAUCGAAUCAAUCUGCAGGUUUUACUUUUGUAAUAUCCCUCCCCCUGUAGUCGAAUAUGUAUCUAUAUAGUAGUAGUACGUUUAUGUUUGCGGAUAUUUUAGCAACUGUGUGUGCGGCACAAAGUCGAUAUUUGUGUUGAAAAUAUGAAGAAAGAAGCAGGCAUGUAAUGUAAGGAUUUUGAAUCUCAUAGAAACUCGAAUCCAAAUCCCCAAACUAGGAGCAACGCAAAGCCAAUAUACCAUAACUAAUAAUAAAAUGCAAAUAGUUUUAAAAUUGUAUGGAAUUUUCUUUAUUUUCCUAAGAACGUUGUCACCCAGUACAAACGUGCAUGAAAUGCAUGAACUUUGAUUGCAUUUCCCUUUCACUUUUCUUUCAUUCUUUUUAUUUAGCUUGUGUUUUUCUCUGAUUUCUCUGUUACUUGUUGCGUUUCGUUUCGUUUUCAGUGAGAUUUUAUGUGUUGUAUUUUGUUUCCACUUUCGUUAUACCCGAUACUCAAAGAGUAUUGGGAUAUAUUAGUUUAGUUUUUUAUGUACUUAAUGUUUAUGACGACUAUGAAUGGAUGGGCUUAAUAAACUAUGAAAUAUUAAACUGUUUUUAUUA